AUGGAUAGCGACGAACGACCUAGAAAAUUACCGAAGCUCGGUCACGAUGGGGCGGAGGAUGCUACUCAUUCAGAGCUCGGUCCCGCCAUGACCGCCAUGACCGGUGCUGUGGCUCCAACCGAUGAACCCCAGAACGCAGCUGUAUCUUCGAUUGAAGCAGACAAAGCUACCUCGGAACUCCAAACUAAUACGACCAAUGAUGUGACUGCUUCUACAGCUGCCCCUACCGAAGGCGCAGAGGAAGGCGCCCCGAAAAUGUCCAAAAACCAACUGAAGAAGAUUCGCAAACGAGAGAAAUGGGAAGAGGAUCGCGACAACCGCAGAGUGCUGCGAAGGCAAAAGGCCGCCGAGAAACGCGAUCGCCGAAAUGCGAAAUUCGAGGAAGCUCGGGCAACCGGUGACGAAGAGGCUUUGAAGAAGCUUAAGCAAGACUACGUAUCCAUGAAGUCCAAGCGGAAGCGAUCGACGCUCAUUCCAUUUACAAUUGUCAUUGAUUGCGGCUACGAUGAACUCAUGCAUGAUCGCGAACGAAUCUCUCUGGCCUCGCAAUUGACACGCUCAUACUCGGACAACAACCGCGCUGCUUGGCGGGGUAAUAUGAUGUUCAGCUCGUUCAAUAAGUUGCUCAAGGAGCGAUUUGAUACUAUCCUUGCCCCAUAUGUGAACUGGAAGGGGAUUAAGAUUAUCCCGGAGGAUUUCAUGGAGGCGGCUGAGAUCGCGAAGAAGCAUAUGGCUUCACCCCGUGGUGGGAAGCUUGUUGGUCCGUUUGCUGAGAUGGGUGAUGCCAAGCCUGAAGGUGGGGAGAUCAUUUACCUCAGCAGUGACAGUGAGAACACAUUGACGGAGCUCAAGCCAUACAAUACUUAUAUUAUUGGUGGUCUUGUGGAUAAGAAUCGACACAAAGCAGUCUGCUACAACAGCGCGUUGGCCAAGGGUGUCAAGACUGCUAAGCUUCCUAUUGGCGAUUAUAUCCAGAUGGCUUCUCGCUCUAUAUUGACUACCAACCACGUGAUUGAAAUUAUGCUUCAGUGGUUGGAAUUGGGUGAUUGGGGCGAGGCAUUCUUGAAGGUCUUGCCUCAACGAAAGGGGAGGAAAUCCGACGAGGCUGGAGCCGAUGUCGAGGAAGAAUAUGGAGAUGAAGAUGAAGAUGAUGCUGGAGCUGAAGAGGAUCAACUCGCUGCUGUUGAGGCUGCAGGAGGUGAUGAAGCUGAGGAGAACUCUUAA